AUGGCGCCGCCGCCGCGUAGCUUCCGCGGGGUGAGGCGUCGGCCGUGGGGCAAGUGGGCGGCGGAGAUCCGGGACCCCCAGAAGGCGGCGCGCGUCUGGCUCGGCACGUUCGUUACCCCCGAGGACGCGGCGCGCGCCUUCGACGCCGCGGCGCUCCGCCUCCGCGGGAGCCGCGCCAAGCUCAAUUUCCCGGAGGACGCGUCGUCGCUCCGGCACCGGCCUGCCCCUGUGGGCUCUCGGCGGCCCAUCUCCGGCUGGAAUCGCACCAUUGACCGCUCGCCGUGCCCGGAGAUGUUGAGCCGGAGGGACGCGACGGGUGGGUUCAUGGGCGGCGGUGACAAUGGUCGGUUCUUGGGUUCUUGGAACAUCGGAACCUCGUCGCCGUUGCCCAUGACAACAUGCUCGAUUGCUCCUGUCAACGUCAACGCUACUCUGGUUCGUGGGAGCCAUGGAACAGGGAGCAGUGGAGCGGAAAACGCGGGAAUGGGUAUGGACAAACGCAACAGCGCGAGGUACUCGUAG